UAAUGCGUUGAAACCGACACACGAACACAACCGUUUUAUCAUUACAUCGCGUAACAUUCCGUCGUCAGCAAAGUUCGUAAUAACUCGAUAGUCGUGAUUCAGCAUUAUAAGAAGAGAUACCUUUGCAUUCAUAAAAAAUACGUUUAACGUAAUAGUUCCUGUUUUAUUAACUUAAUAAAACAAUUACAAAGAUGCCGGUUAAAGCAGUUUGUGUACUCCAAGGCGAAUCCGUUAAGGGAACCUUAUUUUUUGAACAAGCUAAUGAAUCGCAACCGGUAAAAGUAACCGGAGAAGUUUCUGGACUUCAAAAAGGAUUGCACGGAUUUCACGUCCACGAAUUUGGAGACAAUACUAACGGCUGCACGAGCGCUGGUCCUCAUUUCAAUCCUCAUGGAAAAGAUCAUGGUGGUCCGAAUGAUGCUGUACGUCAUGUUGGAGAUUUAGGAAAUGUUGAAGCUGAUGCCAACGGUGUUGCCAAGGUCAACAUAACCGACAAAAUUAUACAACUUCAAGGCGAACAUAAUAUUAUUGGCAGAACCCUUGUGGUUCACGGUGAUCCUGAUGACCUUGGUAAAGGUGGACAUGAAUUGUCAAAAACUACUGGAAAUGCAGGAGCUCGUCUCGCAUGUGGUGUCAUCGGCAUUACUAAAUAAUCUGCUUAACUAUAUUACAUUAAAAUUACAUUAUAAAAUUAUAUUGUAUAACUUAUAGGGAUUUGAAUAGUUACAUAUAUCACAAAUAUACUUAUAAUUAUAUAUAUAUAAGGUCUUUAUCGUAUUCUUUAUAAAAUUCUUUAUAAAAGGGACAAAUAAUUACUGAUAUAAUAUGACCAGGAAAUUAAAUAAAAUGUUAUUAAAAAGAUCAUAUAAUAA